CUCCAUGUAUACUUAUUGUUAGAAUAAAAAAAUAUAUGUAUAAUAGUUGCAUGACAAUCGAAUGUUGUCGUAAAAAACGUAUUACACUGCAGAAUUCGAACAAGCUUGGAUUUUGCUUGCCUGACUCUGCAAUGAUAUAUGAUUCGAUUGACAACUCAGAGCCUCUCUUUCCUCUGCUGCAUCGAAUGCUACAACAGGUGAAAAUAAUGCCAGUCGGUUUAUUCGAGUGAACUAACGUGAUUGUUAGUAUCAACGACAUCCCAAAUAUUUCUUCUCUUCCUUUGUUAUAAGAUAUAAGUGAGAAUUGUGCAGAAUAGUAUUAAGUGGUAAUCGGUUUUGAAAGAGCCGAUUUUACUAUAAAUUGUACAAUAUCAUCGAAAUUCUCAGUGAUAUAUCUUCGAGUGUAUACUCAUUACAUCUGAUUUAGAAUAAUUAACUGACAACAUCACACAAGAUUACUAACCAUGAUAAUACAGUUAUUGCUCUUAGUUUCUUUAUCCGUUAUUGGUCAUGGCACAUCAACAUUACAAGAUUACAACACUACACUACAACAUUUAGAACCGAUGAUUGCAAUUGUAGUAGGAAGGUUAGCUAAGCUAGGUGAGAUCCCAUACCAGGUUUCUCUUCAAAGAAUUAAAACACAACAUCAUUUCUGCGGUGAAUCUAUAAUUAACCGGAUAUACGUACUGACCGCCGCUCACUGUAUAAAAACUAAAGACAUUAAGGACAUUUCAGUCAAUGUGGGAUUAAUAGAUCUACGAAAACCGCAUGCGGUGCAUCUAAUCAAAUCCUCUUACAUACAUCAAAAAUACAACCGCACUAAUUCAUGGAUCCACGAUAUCGCUUUACUUAAGCUCAAAACUCCUUUGGUAUUUUCUUUUUUGGUGCGUCCCGUCACGUUACCGAAACAAAAUCAAAUUAUUCGUGCCGGAUCACAUGCAGUCGUUUCAGGGUUCGGCAGACUAUCGUUUAGAGGAAAGAGAACUAAUAAUUUAUACAUCACAGAUAUUUUAAUAACUAAGCAAACUACCUGCCAAGAAAUAUACAACCUGACAAAUAGACAGAUUUACAGCACACAAAUCUGUGCAAAUGACCCAACCAAAUUAAAGGGAUUUUGCCACGGCGAUUCCGGUGGUCCUCUCGUUGUCAAUGGACAACUUGUAGGAAUUGUGUCGUGGUUGUACCGUGGUUGCGGUAACCCAAAAUAUCCUCAAAUAUAUACACACGUGCCGUCAUACGUCGACUGGAUCAAUGAACAUUCAAUAAUUUGAAAUAUUGUAAUUAACGAAGUAAAUAAAUUAAUCUUGAUACUUAAUACACAGUGAAAUCAAGAAUCGAUCUGUUUAAUUAAACGUUCAAAUAUAGGUGUAAUAAAUUUGAAAAUACGCAUUAAAUGUAUUUUAUAUUAUGUAAUUCAUUACGCGCACUCAACACUUUCCUUGCAUUAGUAAAAAGUACUAUAAUUUUAUGAAGAUUAUUACUAUCAAAAUAUGUAUUAUAACAUCAAUAAAUAUCAAAAUUUAAAAUAACUGA